AUGGUUCAGGAACUCAUGGGAAAUUGUGCCAAACGGCCCAGGCGCAGGGCACUCCAGGACCAUUGGCCACUGGGGUCCCCUGGGGGCUCCUGCCACAGCACAGUCUCAGAGGAGCAGGGAGUGGCUUCUGAGUCACAGUCCCAAGCCUACUCAGUACUUAACCGCCUGGUGGGCCCAGCCUGUAUCUUCCUCCGGCCCAGCAUCGCAGCCACCCAGAUCGACAGGGAGCUUCGCCCAGAAGAGAUAGAAGAGCUACAGACCGCUUUCCAGGAGUUUGACCGAGACAGGGACGGCUACAUCGGCUACCGCGAGCUGGGGGCCUGCAUGCGCACUCUGGGCUACAUGCCCACGGAGAUGGAGCUCAUUGAGAUCUCCCAGCAGAUCAGUGGUGGGAAGGUGGACUUUGAAGACUUCGUAGAGCUGAUGGGCCCCAAAAUGCUGGCAGAAACCGCAGACAUGAUUGGAGUCAGAGAGCUGAGGGAUGCCUUUCGGGAGUUUGACACCAAUGGAGAUGGCCAGAUCAGUCUGGGAGAGCUGCGUGCAGCCCUGAAGGCCCUGCUGGGAGAGCGACUCAGCCAGCGGGAAGUGGACGAGAUCCUGCAUGACAUCGACCUCAAUGGGGAUGGACGCGUUGAUUUUGAAGAGUUCGUCCGGAUGAUGUCCCGCUGACUUGACCCUCCAGCAUGCGUGUGAAGAGACUCGAGCCCGGGAAUGCCAGCUCAGCCACAGCCCAAGGGUCAUCCAGUCCCACUCGUGGGCUGCCCAUCCAGAAGCCUCCUUUCCCCCUACCAUCACCUCCCUUCCCCCUUUAAGCUAGGUGUCUAUGUGUAAGGUUCCCCGAUUUCUCCCUCUCUAGCCUCCAGUCUCUACCCACUCCCCACAAGCCUUCUCCCAAAGUCCCUCUGCCCCUGGGGGGCCUGUGUGUGUCCCUCCCCAGCCCUGUCCUCAUCCUGAAUGAUAAUAAAGUUUCUGGAUGUCUGACUA